UGCGGUUAUUAACUCGAGAUCUGGGUCAAUUGACGCUUUCAUUAGAAGACCUUGCUCGGGACCUGGGAGAUUUUGUAAGCCGAAGGGCCAAAAAGCACCUAAGUGUACCAAAAGAAAAUGCUGAGAAAUGUGCUAUCAUGCAGUAGCAAGCGGAUUUAUACUUGCCUGUUUGUUCCGAUGAAGACCAGACAUCAAUCUUCCAUCCUUGCAGCAACCACACAGCCGUUUCACACCACUGCGGACAGUAGGAGGCGGGAAGAAACCUUGUCUCAAAGAUCUGAGGUGAAAAAUCAAGAAGUCCGGUCCAAGAAAGAUGAGCUCCUGCAGGACUUAAGACUCAGAAGUUUGGAUGAAAACAAUUUUGAUGCUUUCUUUCCAACAGAAGACACACCUGAUUUAGUUAUACAGGGCGUCAAGUACAAGGAUUUACCAGUGGUGUAUAUCCAGGCCUCAAGUAACAAUGUUAUCAUCACACUAGCUACUGCUGAAGGAAGAACAAUCAAGACUUCUUCAGGGGGUUCUGUUGGUUUUAAGAAUAAAAGGGAGUCUACAGCUGUUGCUGCCCAGAUUGCUACAGUGGCUGUCGCCAAGGAGGCAAAGAGAGAAGGAAUAUAUGCAGUACGUGUAGCACUGAAAGGCAUUGGAAAAGGGAGAGAGGCUGGCCUGAAAUCAUUAAUUGCUGCAGGACUUUCAGUAGUAUCUAUAACAGACAUCACUCCUCUACCAUUCAAUGGCAACAGACCGCCAAAGAAAAGAUCCUUGUAGUAAAGUACAGGUCAUGCCAAAAGCUGCAUCGUCAUAUCAACAAAAUGUACAUCCAAGGUAGAUGUAUUGGUCAGACAGCUAGCAGCAGGAAAACAGCAGUGUACAGCUAUAACACUUCAUGGAACAAUAAAUAGUUCAAUUUCAGUAACCAUUUCCUAUCUUGUAAUUAUGGUACGUAAUAAACUGAAUGUUACAAUCAAACAUAAAGCUCAAGUGUUUAAAUUUAUAAAAUACCUGUACACAUUUGGUGUCUUGGUUAGCUUUCUUUGUCACAAAUGUAUUGUUGAAUUAAAAAUGAAUAGGAUUGAGAACAAAAGUCUGAUGUAGUGGUAGGAACUAGUUUAGUAGAGUUGACGGCUGUGGAUACGUGACAGCUGUCAAUAUUUUGGUGUAUUCUCUAUAACUCCUUUUAAAAGCAAUUAAAAUAAACACGAGUGGGUAUUUGAGUCUUAACACAGAUGUGUGAUUUUAUUGCUGACAUGAUUCAACUAUCUAGGAUAGCUGUUAUUAGAAAGAUACAUGGAAAUUACAACAUUGGAUCGAGUCUAGUAUUGUCAAUGACAUCAGAGGUGUAUAAGGGAGGGGGCAUAUACAUGGAUGGUUAAUAAAUUUAAAUUUGUAAAUAAUAAAUAGGUAAAAACACCACUUUAUGUAGCUGGCAGUGUACCACUUUAUGUAGCUGGCACAAUAAAUGUCACAAUAAAUGUCUUGUAAUUAUUAUAGAUACUGCUGCGCCAUUGAUAACAAUUUCUGUACUUAAUUUUGAUCACAGUGGUAAUAAAGAAGUUGAUCUUCUCAAAGCUGAUUUCAAAGUCAACUCAAUGUUUAAUUGAAGCCAUUAGUGAACUUGUGAAGAUUGUUGUGGCUAUGGCUCCCCACAAAGGAAUGGUAUCAGUGUAACGUAAUCACAUAAGCUCAUGUAAGCAAGGAUUUCCUUUCAAGGAUGGUUACAAGAUUGUGAAUUGUAACCGUAAAUGGAUGUCUUCCCAGCUCAUCAGAAAGGAGACAUUGGAGGCUGGGAUUUUAGGUUGAAUCUAUCUUAAAUUCAUAAUUAAAUUCACAUUAAAUUCACGUUAAAUUCAAUUCAACAGCCAAUGGCGCGAUAUACUAAACUGCCUACAAUGGGAUGACACAUUGAACAGUAUCCCAUGUAGCGAUAUAUUAAACAAUGUCCUAAGGGAUGACAUGUUGAACAGUAUCCCAUGGAGCGAUAUAUUGAACAAUGUCCUAAGGGAUGACAUGUUGAACAGUAACCCAUGGAGUGAUAAAUUGAACAAUGUCCUAAGGGAUGACAUGUUGAACAUUAACCCAUGGAGAGAUAUAAUGAACAAUGUCCUAUUGGAUGACAUGUUGAACAGUAACCAAUAGAGCGAUAUAUUGAACAAUGUCCUAAGGGAUGACAUGUUGAACAGUAUCCCAUGGAGCAAUAUAUUGAACAAUGUCCUAAGGGAUGACAUGUUGAACAGCAACCCAUGGAGCGAUAUAUUGAGCAAUGUCCUAUUGGAUGACAUGUUGAACAGUAACCCAUGGAGCGAUAUAUUGAACAAUGUCCUAAAGGAUGACAUGUUGAACAGUAACCCAUUGAGCGAUAUAUUAAACAAUGUCCUAAGGGAUGACAUGUUGAACAGCAACCCAUGGAGCGAUAUAUUGAACAAUGU